CCUCUGUCAGCGAGUAGGUUAUGUCCCCGUUGGACCCCUCGUCAGGAUCUAGGGCGAUAACACGCAGGACCUCAGCUCCGGCAGGUAGGAGGUAGUGGUGAUCAGACCGGUGUAAGGGUUGAUGCUGAAGAGCUCGUAGCCGGGGCCCGGCAACAGACUGUACCACACCACAGCGUUCUCCUCUGAGGGACAGAAACAGGCGUGGGAUGACCAGGCUCUUGUGAAAAAGAUAUACGACCGCCUCAAAGAUGAUGGGCUGCCAGUGUGGAUGGAUAUUGAAGGAGGGGUCACGGGGAACAUUAACGAUGCGAUGGCAGCAGGCGUGGAGGAGGCUGUGGUGAUUUGUCCCUUCAUGACUCCAGCUUACCAGGCGUCCCGCAGCUGUAAGAAGGAGCUCAACUACGCGGACACCAGGGAGGUAAUCAUCGUGCCGGUCAUGCUGGCCAAUAACUGGGAGGCCAGUGAGUGGCUGGGACUGAUCACUGCAGGCCUGCUGUGGGUGGACUUCAGAAAUGCAGAAAAGGAUGAGGAGCACUUUGAGAUGUGUCUCAGGUCUCUGGAGGAGGAGAUCAUGUUUAACGCCGGUCACCUCCUGGCAGAAGAGGAACAUCAAAGUGAGGUGGUGGAUCAGCCAGAGAACCCGAAACACUUCCUGAAGAAGAAACGAGGCCGACGUUUUUGUCAUGCCGUCUCCGAUCUCUACAUCCACGAGUCAGGUGAGCAGAUAAUCCACCCUGAUAGUGACACCAGACAUACAGUGGAGCUCCACCAGACACCUGGUGAUCAUUGUUACUGGGAGGAGAUUAAGGGCAACGGCUGUAAGUACUACAGGAAUGUUGUCACCAAAAGAUACCUCGGUGAGUACAGAGGCUCUGCUUUACUGAAUAACAACAACAACAAGUCUGUGAAAAAUGUGUUUUUUAUUAUUAAUGGAGCAAAAUAAACAUCGUAAUGCA